AUGCCGUUCACCAAGUACGAGCAAGAGGGAGUUCAUACUUUGCUUCAGUUCUAUAAUCCUUCCCUUCGCUGCUUCACGUUCACCGACUAUCUUUUGGUUCCAACAUUGGAAGAGUAUUCCCUAUUUCUUGGCGUUCCUAUAAAGAAGGAAGUACCAUACUAUGGCACCAUGAAGGCCCCUGAUUCCAUUGAAAUUGCUAAGGCUCUUUAUUUGAGCAAAUCGGUCGUGGAAGCAAAUCUCACUAAGAAGGGAGGAGGUCUUGGUUUUUGCAUGGAGUUUCUGGUCAAAAGGGGUUGUGAGGCUGCUGAAGCAAAGGAAUGGGACACAUUUAGGGCUAUCCUGGCUCUAGGUAUCUAUGGUAUCAUGAUGUUCUCGAACAUUUCUAACUUUGUUGACAUGAAUGCAAUUCAUAUGUUCAUUCUGCAGAAUCCGGUUCCUACACUUUUGAGGGAUGUUUAUCACUCCAUUCAUCACAAGAGUAGUCAGAAGGGAGGUCUGGUUAAAUUCUGUGCUCCGUUGCUAUAUCGUUGGUUCAGGUCACAUUUUCCUGAGCGUGGCGCUUUCGUUGAUAAUAGGCACACAUCUAAGUGGGCUGAGAGGAUUAUGGGGCUUAGGGCCAAAGAUAUUGUCUGGCACAACAGAUCCUUAGAUGACAUGGAAGUUAUUAUGAGUUGCGGAAAGUUCAAAAAUGUACCUCUCAUGGGUCUUAGAGGUGGAAUCAACUAUAAUCCCGUCCUGGCUAGGAGAACGUUUGGAUACGCUUUUGUAAGUCCUCCUGAACAAACAGAGAUUACUGAGAAUAUUUUCUAUCAUUCAGCCACUGACAGUGGGCAGAUGGCAGAAGCUGUACAAGCCUGGAAGAGUAUUUGUUGGAGAGAUAAGAAACAUUUUGGUCAGCGAGAUUGUGCUACUUAUGAGGAUUAUACUAAGUGGGUCGAAUCUGUGGUUGCUGUUCAAGGGAUGCCCUUCCCUCCCAAGGAUCCUUUAUACCCCCCUGCUGGUAAACAACCCAACAUUGUCUCCAUGCCUCGUUAUAAUCGAACUGUUGAGCAAAAUCGAAAGUUGACUGAACAGGUGGAAACAAUGCAAGUUAAGAUGAAUACUGCUAGAGGAAGUACUUCUCAGAAAAGGCCAAGAGUGACUAUAGACCCUAAAUCUACUGAAUCUCAAGAGAAGAAGCUGAAAGAACAUUACGAGGCUCAGUUGGCAGAUUUGACUGAAAGACUCCAGAUUCAGACUAAAGAAGCCAAUUCAGAAAGGGCUCGUCGAAAGAAAGCAGACAAACUCUUGUUGGAACGCCAAGGAACCUUAGAAAAGUGCUAUGAAGAAAUCCGAAAGCUGAAGGGUCAAGUAGAAGAAAAAGGUCAAGGUAGUACCCAAGCUCAAGAGGAAGCCAGAUGUUGGGAGUUAAAGAACCGCUACAUGGAAACAAUGUAUUUCAGAAAGGACCUGCUGAUUCAAGAAAUCAUUAAGAGGCCAACCCGUGCUGAGACUAAAAAUCUUUUUGAAGAAAUGAAGACCUGGAGCUAUAAGAACAUUGGAGACAGCCCCCUUCGUCAUUUGGACAUGGGAGAUCCUGCUUAG